CCUGAUGGUCAAUUCGUUGAAAUUGAUAGUAAUACCUUUUUCUCCAAAACAAAGAAGGGUAAUCAUAUUCCCCGUGCAGUGUUUGUUGAUUUAGAACCUACAGUCAUUGAUGAAGUUCGUAAUGGUACCUACCGUCAAUUGUUCUGCUCGGAACAACUAAUUACUGGCAAAGAAGAUGCCGCAAACAACUAUGCCCAUGGUUAUUACGCUAUUAGGAAAGAAAUCAUUGAUCUAGUUCUCGAUCGUGGUACUGGUUCUGGAUUGAGUUCUUUGCUUUUAGAACAUCUCACUGACGACUAUGAAAAGAAGUCUAAACUAGAUUUUUCUAUUUAUCCUGCGCCGCAAGUCUUAUCAGCAAUUGUCGAACCCUAUAAUUCUAUUUUGUCAACUCAUAUCGCAAUGGAGCAUUUGGAUUGUGCUUUCAAUUAA